AUAGGUUGGAGGUCGACAGUCGCUCGAGGGUCUGAGAGCGCGAGAGCGAGCGCGAGGACGAGGACGAGGAGAGGCCGACGCUCGAAGGCUCGAAGGACUCAGGAAGCUAUGGCGAUGGCAGCGCAGGCGAUCGCUUGCGGGUGCAGCUACAAUGUAGGCAGUGUUUCAUCGUCUCCGUCUUCGGAGCUGAGGUCGGAAUUUUUGGGUGCGCAGGGGAAGAAUGGUAGGGUUUCGCUCCGGUGCAAGGAGCCGAGGAGCAGCAGCAGUAGAGCUGCUGGGAGUUUGGUGGUAGAGGCAGCCAUUAGCCGGGAAAAGAAGGAAGCGACCGUGGAGAAGGCGAGGCAGCAGCUCGAGGGUGCGUACCUCGUCGCCGGGAUUAAGUACACUGGUCUGACUGUGAAGCAAUUUCAGAAUUUGCGCAAGGCGCUGCCCGAAACCACGACCUUGAUUGUGGCCAAGAACAAGCUGAUUGGCAAGGCCAUCGAGGGCACGAAAUGGGAGGCUUUGAAGCCGGCCUUGAAAGGCAUGAAUGCGUGGUUGUUUGUUCACACCGAGGAGAUUCCCACCGCUCUGAAGCCGUACAGAGACAUGCAAAAGGAAUUGAAGCUCGAGAACAACGACUUCACCGGCGCUGUCUUUGAGGGCAAAUUCUACUCGCCCGAGGAGUUCAAGCAGCUGGAAACCAUGCCCACCAGGGCCGAGAUGUACGCCAAAUUGUUGGGUGGCCUGCAAGCCCCUGCGUCGAAUUUGGUUGCAACUUUGCAAGCUCCAGCCCGUGAUGUUGUGUUGACACUGAAGGCCUACGUUGCCAAAUUAGAGGAACAGGAAGGUCAGGGACAAGCGUAGAGCAGGAAUUCGCAUAUUGUAGAGUCUCACAAAUGAAGACGUAGCAAUGGCUUUAAAUGUUAUCAUUCUAUAUACUGAUUUUUUGGUCGCAAGUCGAACCUGUAGUGUCGUUAGUGCCAGCGAAACAUUUCUGAGUCAAUCGAACCGUUCCCCACUCGGACUAGAAGCUCAAUGCGCUGGUCAGAGUUUUCCAAUCUAUCUCCGAUAACCGAAAGGUGUUGAAGUGUGUAUAGCGAUGAUCGUUUGCCAUUUACCAUGUGCCGAUGGGUUGUGGACUUCCGUUUGACCAUCUCACACCUUCACACGGCAUACUUCUUUUCGAAAUUACUCCUUCGCAAACUUUUUCGAUCAUUGCUUUCCAGUUCAACACCAUGAAAUUCUUGUAUGAUCAGCUACCUGGAUUCGGAUUAUAAAUUAUCCC